CCGCGCACUCGGUCCAGCUUGGCGCGCGCCACUCGCACACCGUCUCCGGGCGAACAUGGCGGCACCUUGACGGAACGGCAGCGGGGUGAAGAGAAGCAGAGCCCGCAGCCCAGCGCCACUCCGCAGCCGCAGCCGCAGCCGCACACCGCCAUGCGGGGCCCCGCCGCACCGAGGCCGGGGGAGACGCUCCAGUAACGGGAGUCGAGGCUGCGCAGAGGAGCGGCGCGGCGGGGAGGAGGAGGAGGAGGAGGAGGAGGAGGAGGAGGAGGACAGCCAUGGAGGAUGCGGCCCGUCUCCUGCCCCUCUCGGAUGGGAAGCGCCGCUGAAGGCACCGAGCAGCCGCCCGACGCUCCGCGGAGCCCCGGUCCAUGAGCGCAGCGGCGGCGGAGCCCACACGGUGGAGGCGGCCGGUUCCCAAAAUAUGACCAGGGGUGCUGGGACGUGUUGGCAGCAAGCAGACGACGACGGCGUCCGAAUCUGGCUCGAGCCCCCCCGCGACACCCAGAAGCCAUUCACCGACUCCGAGAGGGCGCAGAGAUGGCGGCUGUCCCUGGCCUCGCUCCUCUUCCUCACCGUGCUGCUCUCUGAUCGCCUGUGGUUCCGCGCCGAGGCCACGCUGCUGGCCCGGACCCGGGACAGGCUCCUCCUCCUCCCCCCCCCGCAGCCCAGCCUCAGAGGAACCCCCCAGCAUAUUUUUCUAGGAAACUCCAGCGGGACCUGGUGGCGGAUGGACGCCUGCCACCGGGACCGCGUCUCCGCGGACUGCCUCGCGCUGGCGGACGCGGACGCGGACCGCCUGUGCGCGGGCCUGGCGUCCUCGUCCCCCGCCGAGCGGGGGGGCAACGUGAGCGAUUUGUACCUGUCGUUUUGUAACUCCUACUCGCUGCUGGACCUGUUCCGCGGCGCCGCCAGUCCGGACAACCUCAACUGCAGCCUGGACGUGCUGCUGGGCGGCGACGCCGGCCGCUGCAGCCUGUGCGUGCAGGCGUACCAGCGCUACGACCAGCACGCGCAGGAGAAGUACGAGGACUUCGAGGCGCUCGCGCAGAAGUACGAGCCCGCCGCCUUCUCCGUCAGGACGUGCAUGGAGCGCUGCAAGACGGCCUACAAGCCCUGGCUCUGCUCGCAGUACUUCCCGGCCACCGCCCAGCGCUCCUGUCAGAGGAAGGUCCCGUGCCACCAGUACUGCCUGGAGGUCCAGCAGAGCUGCCCCUUCAUCCUGCCCGACAACGACGACCUGAUCCACGGAGGAAGCCCCAGCUUCAUCUGCACAGGUCUCCUGGGAGACGAGCCGUCCUCCGGCGAGGCGCAGUGCUGUGACGUGCGGUGGGACUCCAGAGUGGACGGUCCGUCGGGCGGCACCCUGAAAAGGACAGUGUCCCCCUGCGCGCCCGGGGGGGCGUCGGGGGCCUCGGUGACCUCGGCGGCCACGCCCAGACUGUGCGGCGGGCGGCUGAAGAUCUGCCUGCUGGCCCUGGUCCUCCUGCACACCGUCAUCGUCAUCUCCGCCGCCCACAACUCCACCGCCGCCAUCUUCUCCCCGGAGGAGGGCGCGGCCAGCGAGGAGUGAACUCUGGGGGGCGGAGCCCACAGCCGGGAGGCGGGGCUUCAACCGGGACCCAGACCUUUGAAACAAAAAAAAAACAAAAAACAAACCCCGAAAAGAAGUGACCUCUGGCCUCUGGAAACCUGCUCAGUGUUUCUGUUCCAGCCACAUGUUUUCUCACCUCCCCCCCCCUCCCCCCUUCUCUUUCCUCCCCCUCCCUGUGAGCGAAUGAAGAAACAGACAUCCUCAUCCCCCCACAUCCUGCAUCCCACUCAGAGCCCGGUUGUAGUUUGGUUCCCUGGGGAGCCUGUGAGAACCGCUGUUGAUGUUCCUGGUUGUUUUUGCCUGAAUGAAUCAAAAUGAGUCGAGUUUUAUUUUGAAAAUCUGCAUUUCAAUUUGCGUUCUGUUCUGUCAGAGCUGACGUCUGAGUUCCACCAGUCCGAUCGGAGGUCAGUAGUUAAGCUCUUGCCUCACACGUUUGGGGACCACGGUUCGAGAUCCGGUCCUGUCCACAAAAGUUUAAAUCACAUUUUUGUUUCUUCUUUUGGGCGCUUACGUUCACAGCUGUCAGCUUUAUUUUGACUGGAACUGGAAACACCGAAGGACCGGGUCUGAGUCAGGUUCCAGCUCUAGACUAGAACCAGAACCAGAACCACCUUGUUAGGAACGGGGGGGGGGUCUUAGAUUAGAACGCUCUGGGUGCCACGAUGGGGUUGAUGUGUCAGCUGCAGAGGCACCGCCUGUUACCGUCACCCACCCGUCAUCCACACAUCAUCCUUCAUCCACCCAUCAUCCUCCCCUCAUCCACUCAUCUCCCGAUGUCCAGCGUGUGUUCAACUAUUUCUCAGACCUUGUACGACGGAACAUGUUCUCCACCAGACUCUGGACUUUAAGUGCCCUGAGGGCGGUUCUAGCAGUAACCCACACCCCCACCCUCCAGACCGAUCCAAAAUGUCCACUGGAUUUUCUUAAGGCCUCGAUUCAAUCUUAUCCCGACGAAGGGGACGAUCCGGAAUCGUCCCGGGAUCGUCCCGGGAACGAUCCAGGAUCUUCCCGGGAGUGAUCCGGGACGAUCCUGGAUUGUUUCCGGGAUGAACCCGGGACGAUUUUGGGACGAUCCUGGAUCGAUCGAGGGUCAAUCCAGGGUCCAUCUGGGGGCGAUCCAGGACGCCAUAACAAUAGGAGCCUCGUUUAUCAACUGCAGACACGUUGUACGGACCAGUUUUGGCUCUGGCAAAAACUGGCAAUUUUAUUUUGAGAAAACUUUCAGAUCCAUCGGUCUUUGCUCCGUACAUCGUCCAGACCUCGGUAGGCCUUACCAUGCGGCGAUCCGUCGGUUCUUCAUCACCGUCGGGGAGCUGAUCGGCUGGAUUAAAGAUGGCCGACAUCAGCUCCGACCCCCCGGUGUCGGACUGACGGAACGGCGGCUGAUGGUCCCGAUCCACAGAGGUCCUCGGCUCAGACCGAUCAGUCAGCGCUCCUCUUGAUAAACGAGGUUCCACAUGUUCCAGUGCCUCUCUGCUGCAUCAACCCCGCGAGGCAAACGCAAGCUAGUGCGAGAGACCCCGGUCGCAACUCCCCGUGGCUCCAACUAACCAACCAACCAACCAACCAACCAACCAACCAACCAAUCAGUCAGUCAGUGGAUGGGACUGCAGUGGCCUCUGGCCGCCGUCGGCCACAGGCGAGCUGUGUUAGCGUCAGCGUGAGGAGUUUUCAAGGGCUGCUCAUCUGCUUUUCUUUGUUUUUGCCGGCGGUUUGUAGAAACACCACCGACACCAAAAACCGGCGGUUAGGAAGGUGCGUCUUAUUUUGGAAGGAUCGCCCUCCUUCCUGGGGGAGCUCCUCCUUUCUCUCUGUCCCUCAUUAACGGCUCCGAAUUCAUCUUCACGCCCCUCCCCCCUCCUGCCCCUCCCCCCUCGGCCCCCCCUCCUCCGGAUCUCUGACAGUUUGCCUUUGGACUCCUCACCACUUUGGUUGUUUUGCUCGAUGUUUGUUUGUUUGUUUGUUUGUUUUCUUGAAGUGUGGAUGCUAAUGGAAGCUGUUAGCUCUGAGAUGAGGCCCAGCGGACGCCCCCUCCUACUCCAGCCACUGGAGACACGCCCAUUUCUGGAACGACACGCCCACUUCUCUGACUCGCCAGUUUAUGUUAGACACGCCCACUUCCCGGAAGGCCACGCCCACUCGGACGCCCGUUGGGUGAAGUGGUGAGCGAGUCACCCUCAUCCUGCUGUCAGUGCGGGAAUCAAUGGAGAAAGUGGGCGUCGCUGUAAAUUCCCAGAAUCCUCGGCAUUUAACUAGGUGGUCAAAAGGUUUGAUCCUAACUAACCCAAACCCAAACUUUCACUCUUUCAACUGGUUUUGGAAAAACAGAUCUUCAGAGUGGGCGUGUCUGGCCAGGAAGUGGGCGUGUCUCGUGCUCCUGAGGACACGCCCCCUAACUCACCCCUCUCCGUUGCACCUUCUGUCUGUUCUGUUGUAAAUAUGUCCUGGAGACACAGGAGCCCCGUUUUCUUUCUUUCUGGUUCCCCUGCGCCUCCCCUCCUCCUCUCGUCGUCUGAAGCAGUGGUGUGAGGUGAUGAGUACGACUGUUGGAUGUUUAAAAAGAUGAGGGAAAAAGAGGUCUCGAGAAAUAUAGAUUGGAAAAAAAAAAACCCAACAAGCAGCUUGAGUUGAGACAAAGGGUUCCACCAUAGAGAAACGUUGUCAUAUUGU